CGUUCUGAUAUAUUUAAAAACGUUCCAAUGGUGAAAAUUGUGCCCCCAGGCAAAACGGCAUACGUGAUCUUUGAGCGUGUUGAGAGGGUCCAUAUUGGCCUAGUUGCAGUUCUCACCCUUGCUUCGGUCGCCUCGCUCCUUAAGCCUGCAGUGGCCUGGUUCCAGCGCCGAUGCAGCAUCCCGGAAUCCAGGAAUCCAAAGAUCACGAACCGUCGAUCGGAAAACGUUACCCGAUCGCCGGACAUUGCGAUGGUUGAAUUACAACGCGAAAAAACUCGGCCUCGAAGCUCCGCGUGGCGACGCGUUCUCACGAAACAAGCACGAGAAUUUUGUCUAUCAACCGGACUCCAUGGGUACAAGUACAUUGCUCAGAGUCAACGCUCAAUUCACGAAAGGGCGAUUUGGGCUGUAGGAGUUGCUAUUUCCCUCUGCUGUGCCAUUGCUUUGAUGCAAAUCGCCUGGGAGUACAACACAUCACAUUUAACUCUCACUGUGAUCGAAUCUACUCAUCACGGUAUUUGGAACUACAGAUUUCCCGCCGUCACCAUCUGCGAUCUCAACCGUGUAUCGCUCAGCCGAGCUCAGGAUUUGGUCAAUUCUCUGCAGGGACCACGGUUGGCCAAUGAAUCGGCUGAAAGUCUGGUAGCCGAGAUGCGACUUCUAAACAGGCUUCUUAAUCCAGAUAUGUCUAGCCAAAACGUUUACACCAACCUGAAGCGGCUACAGAAGAUAUUCGACGACAACAAAUUGACGAUUCCUGACGUCAUGAAAAUGGUAACGAGAAACUGCUCCGAGAUAACAGUGAGAUGCAAAUGGAAGGGGAAAAUCAUCUCUUGUGACUCGAUAUUCGAGUCAUCUCUGAGUCGUGAUGGUAUCUGCUGCAGUUUCAACUACCUCGGAGUCCCAGAUCGUAAAAAAUCCGGGCGCAUACCAAAGAGGGUGACGGCUUGUGGCUUUCAGACUGGAUUGUCGGUGAUGUUGAACCUGGCGCCCUUAGAUUAUCACGCAACACUUUUCGGAGGCUACGGUCUCAAGGUGAUUCUCCACGAUCCGUACGAUUACCCUGACCGUAACGCGGCGAGCAAGUUAAUCCGUAUGGACGAAGAAACGUUCCUUAGCGUUACCCCGGAAGUGACCUACUCAACGAAUGAUGUGCGCAAUCUUCCCCUGUCAAAAAGAAGUUGCAUAUUCUCGGACGAGGGGGAAGACUUAAUCGCACCGCCUGGCAAUUACUCCUACCACAAUUGCCUCAGCAUAUGCCGAUUGCAAACGAUAUGGGAGAAAUGUGGAUGCAUUCCCUAUUAUCACAAAUACCUACGUUUUGCCUCUGUUGGCCUUGCAGAAAACGACGCAAACAUCAACGUAAGAAUCUGUAACCUGACCGACGUGAAGUGUGUCUACGAUUUCCGGGAUUGGUACGAAACUUCAUGGCCGGGGACCAAAGUAACGAACAAAAACCUGCCACCGGUUGAGAUCCUGGAUUACAUAAGCGGACCGUGCAAGUGCAUUCCCGAUUGCAACCUCUUUAGCUAUCCUCUUGAAAGCUCUUCUGGAAUAUUGGAUCGCAGCAAUGCCCAUCAUGAUCUAGCAUUCUAUAAGGAUGUUGACAUCAAGAAUCAUAGCAUUCUACACGUAUUCUUCAGUGACCUGGUGUCAACUCAAUACCGUCGCGAUGUCUAUUACAACUGGCAUAAUCUGUUCGCCUCGUUCGGUGGACUGCUCGGGCUUUUCGCAGGAUUCAGCCUGAUGUCCGCGUUUGAAUUGAUAUAUUUCUUCUCCAUUCGAUUGAUAGCGGACUUGUGGACUGGUGACAAGAAAGAGCGGAUAUAACUGCAGCUCAUACAUUCAUCAACCGACUUUGUUAACACUGUCACACUUAAAAUUUUUAAUUGUAAGCGUUUUGUUUCUUAUCGUGACAUACA